CAUUGAUCGCAGCACGGGCGCCAAACCACAGUGCGACGCCAGGUCUGGCACCUUACAGAGUUCUGAAAUAGGCAAUUUGUGUCUUUACUUCAUCAUCGUCACCACGUCUAUAGUCAUCAUUACUUAUCAUCUAUAGGCACAUCGUCAUCACCUCUUCUAGACAGUUAUACUUUUUAAUAGUUGUAAGAACUCGCUUACCAAGUAGUUACUGAUAGAAACAACAGAUAUUGGCGGACAAAAAGCCCGAGACACAGCGGCAGUCGCCGGAGCAGCAGUUGAAAACGACAAGCACCCAGUCCUCAGAGAACUGCCUCCACCAUCUGGCGAGUCGAUCUCGGAGGAUGAAAAUGACCAAGGAGUGCUCACGAAGCCACGAGAAUUAUGGCACCCAAGCAGAAUACUUGUUGAAUAUUUCCUCUCGGAUGCUCUUUUUACUACCAAUUACCAGGAAAGAUGGCAACAGGGACGCAUGCGUCAUGCAUACUUUUUUUUCCUUAACCACAAUAUUUGUCUGCAUCUUGUCGAUUGUGGCUCUCGCUCUAUUUUCCAAUCGACAAUGACUUUUCACGAGGUCGCUAUUGUGACAAACGACAAGGCGGGCCUUUCAACGGUCUUCGCCUUUGUACUUUACAGUACUAGUACUUCAUUUAUAGAUCCACACAUCUUAGUACUCCUACUCCCACUUCGCACUCCAGCCCUCCUUCUACUAUUUGUAUUUCCCCACCACGGAUGAGAAGCCCGGACACAUUGUCUGAAGAGGCCCAGCACUUGCCUGACUCUUGUUAUUGUAAUAAGCCUACGACUCGAGCUUAGAAUAAUCCUUCGUGCCUUUCUAAUCUACAUCGCGGGCACGGAAGAUGCGGACGAGGGAUGCUGCACGGGU